CCAACCCAUCCUCCAUUCACAUUUUCAUGCCUUGAGACAUCCGGAUUGGACACGCAAUUCUAGCUGCAAGCAAAAACUUGAAGCACGUUUCUGUCAUUAUUUAUUGGAAACUACUGAACGAGAAUCUUACCAUGGGUAUCAAUUCAACGAUAGCUUCUACCCCGAAGAUGGAUAUCAUGCCACCUACUAUCGAGGAACUGGCAAGCUUGUGGAACCCCACCGGCCCCGAAUGGAACUGGACAGAUUCAGACUGGGAUCGCAUCUACGGCGAGCCCAUCGGAAUCUGGGAAUCUUUGGUCGAGCACUUUCUCGACCAUAUCCGGUCACAGAGAUAUCUGAUCCAGACAGACAUACUCCUCUACCCAGCUCUGAUCUACAUUCUCAACUUGGCCUCCCUCGCUAUCGCCUUCAACUCCAAUGGCCGAUACCGCACAGCAUUCGUCGGUGCAUCCCUCGCCUUGGCAGCCGCUACUAUUCAACAAAUUUCCCUUCUACCAAUAUUCUACGCUGUCAAAAUCACCCUUGUUCAGGUACUCGUCAUUCAAAACAUGGGUGCAGCUGUUAUGAUGCUGUGGGAGGAUAUCGCUGUUACGCAGGAGCAAAAGAAGCUUCCCUGGGGACAACGAAUCCUCGCCACCUACAAAUUCAUGUGGAACGCACGGUUUGUCAACACUACUCGUCCGGCUCCUGUCCUCCACUUGAUCAAGGCAGCAGAAGAGCGUAAGAGGCAGCUCGCAGAAGCAUUCAUUACAGCUACGAUCGAAGACUCGUUCACCGAGAAAGCAACCAUAAACAACAAAAGCUUGGAUCAGAGCUCGACUGAGGCAAACAACAACAAAAAUGUGCUCGAACGGAUCAAUAAUUCCCGGGACUUUAUGCUUCGAGUCGGCCAUAACGCUUGGAACAAAAUCAGCCAGGCCCUUGCUCGCUUCUGGAACUCUCUCAGCCCAAGAAGCCGCUGGAUCAUGAUUACCAUAGCCAAAAUCGCUCUCAUCUUUAUCUUGGAGCGUGUCAAGGACUACGUUUGGGAUACGUACGCCUGGUAUUCCCAUGAUGACAUUGCCCCCCACAAACGUUCCUACUUCCGCCGUCUCCUUCGAAAUGAGACCGACCUACGAGAGGUGGUUAUCCGCUGUUACUUCGCCUUUGAAGGCGUUUGGGGCGCAUUCUACUGGUACACCUUCAUUCACUCGACCGUCGCCCUCUUCUUCGUAGCGCUUCACAUCGAUGAACCUGAAGAGUGGCCUCCUGUCUUCGGCGAUAUCCGCGAAGGCUGGAAUCUUCGGCGCUUCUGGAGCAAAUACUUCGAUCGACUCAUCUACCGCACCACCAACGGCUUGGGCGAGAUGAUCCUGACUGCCCUUGGCGUAGGUCAGCGACCUUUCCGGGGAAAGACGCGCUGGGUCCUGAAUGGGCUCAUCUUCUUCCUCAGCGGUAUCUUCCAUGCUGGCACUGAGUAUAUCUGCGGCAUCAAGUGUCACGUUGGUGUGGAGGUCUGGUGGUGGAUGUUGAACUACAUUGCGAUGGUCAUGGAAACGGCCUUCCUCUAUGGUCUUCAGACUUACUUCCCUCGGUUCUAUCAUAAGAUGAGUGGAAGAGUUGGGAAGUCGAUCGGAUACUUGUGGCUGUUUGCGUUCCAUUUCUACGCCAGUCCCAAAAACCAGUUCAUUGCAUUGAACUGUCUGCCGCCAUUCUAGGUUCAGGGCGCUAGGUAGUGUGUGGCUCUAUGGAAAGUGAUGGAAAUGCUUGACGAUUAUACGACGAAUGAGAGAUGAAUGCUUCGAGGGCAUGACAUUGGAGUAGGAUUUGGAUAAGACAUCCAGUAUGAUAGAUCCAAGAAGAAAACUCCAUACAAUCACAACAUGAUCUUACACGUGCUUGCGAAACUCCUCGUUCAAGUAUUAUAUGUGCCAUCAUGUAGAUAUAUGUGUUCGGGUGGUGAAUCUCAGUACACAGGUUGAAGUCAACAUCUGGGGAUUCAACUGAUCAUAGAAACCUUGGAAUGCCACACACUAAUGCAAUUGAGUCAGCCCCCGCAUCUGAGCCAGUAUUGGAGUUAGCUUGACAGGUGCCACUGCGCUUGGAACCGUCAUAUGAACUAAGGU